GCUUGCGGGCAGGCGGGCAAACUGAGCAUGGACGAGCUGCGUCCGAAUCUGGUUGGUGGGCUGUUGGGGCUGCAGCAGGCCGGGCUGCUCGAGGAUCAUGCGAACAGCAUGCAGCACGGCGGCGUCGCCCAGGACACCAAGUUCAUGUCGUUCCAGGAUAAUCGCCUAAUGGGCAUCAGCGGCUCCCACGAGAAUCGUCUGCUCAGCUUGGCCUCGUCCGUCCAGGACACUCGCUCGCCGAUCACCACGCUGGACAAGUCAUCAUCUUCGUCGCUCAACCAUCAGCGCAAGUGCAGCAGCACACCCGAGGAUUUCAGCGCCCUCUAUUCCGGCCUGCCCACGCCGGGAAUGGACUCAUCCUCGCACCAUCACACUCCGGCCCACACACCCCCCUCGCGUCUCUCCGAUCACACCAUUUCGGCUGAAGGAGCAUUCAAGAAGUUGAAGCCGGAACCCAACAGCGGGUUGUCAACGGUUUCCGCCGGCAUCACAUCGCCCGGAAGUGGACUAUCCUCGCUGAGUCAGCACGCCGGCCACACCCCAACCACAGCAUCCUGCCCAACGCCAGCCCGACGAAGACAUCGAACCACAUUCACACAGGAACAAUUAGCGGAACUAGAAGCUGCAUUCGCCAAAUCGCAUUAUCCGGAUAUUUACUGUCGCGAGGAGUUGGCGCGCACGACGAAGCUGAACGAGGCGAGGAUUCAAGUUUGGUUUCAGAAUCGACGAGCCAAAUACCGCAAGCAGGAGAAGCAGCUGCAAAAGGCAUUGGCACCAUCUGUGAUCCCGUCGUGCAACGGCAUGAUGCGGAACAUUCAAGGCUACAGCGUGUCCCGUGGCUAUCAGCCCUAUCCACACCACAACACCAUGAAUCGCUAUCCACAGGAUCUCUUCCAAAUGGGCGCCUCCUCAUAUCCUGGCAUGACGCAGCCAUUCUCAAUGGCGCACAGCACGAAUAUGGGCUCCGUGGGCGUGCGUCAAGACUCGAUGGGCAUGUCACCGGAGGAUGAAUGGUAUAAUAAAAGCCUAUCCGCAUUGCGCAUGAAUAGCUCGCAUCAUCCGAACUUAUCGGCACCGAUGCUGCAAUACCAAACAUAAUCAAAAACCUUUGACGACUUCUUUUAAAAGAUCACAAUUCAAUCUGGCAACUUUGGAGUGCGAUCUUUUAGGAGCGAGUGCGUCAAAUGGG